AUGUCACAGUAUUCUGGAAAGAUCGUGUUUUAUGAAGGCCAGUGCUUCACCGGACAGAGGCUGGAGGUUUUUGGAGACUGUGAUAACUUCCAGGAUCGUGGUUUUAUGAACCGGGUGAACUCCAUCCGUGUGGAGAGCGGUGCUUGGAUCUGCUACGAUCAUCCGGACUUUAAAGGUCAGCAGUACAUUCUGGAGCGUGGAGAAUACCCAGAAUUCCAGCGCUGGAACACCCAUAAUGAUCACAUGGGCUCCUGUAAACCCAUCAGGAUGCACGGUGAGCACUACAGGAUGGAGAUCUUUGAGGGCUGUAACUACAGCGGUCAGUGUAUGCAGCUGUGCGAUGACUGUCCGUUCCUCCAGAGCCGCGGCUUCAACACCAACUGUGUCAACUCCCUCAGAGUCUUUGGUGACGGAGCCUGGGUGAUGUAUGAAGAGCCAAACUUCAGAGGUCGUAUGUACAUCGUGGAGAGAGGAAACUACUGCAGUCAUAAUGAAUGGCAGGCGCAGACCCCCAACAUUCAGUCCAUCCGCAGGGUGGUCAACUACUUCUAA